GCCCCGCGCCCGGCCGCGGCUCGGAGCCUCGGCAUGAGGGCGUCUGUGCGCUCCGCCUCCUCCAGCGCCUCGCCGCGGGGCCGCGCCGACAUGGCCAGCCCCGAGCAGUGGGAGAGCCUGCAGCCGCUGCAGCCGGACGCGUUGCGUGUACCAAUGAUUGACCUGAAUGUGCACAAGGACACACAGCCUGUGAAAAAAACUGUGGACAUCAAAAGGCCUCGAUUUGAUGCGUCCUUGGUGCUUUUGACACGAAAAUUUAUGGCUCUUCUCAGAAAAGCUCCAGACGGUGUCCUUGAUUUAAAUGAAGUAGCAAAAAAACUAGGAGUACGAAAACGAAGAGUGUAUGACAUCACCAAUGUGUUGGAUGGCAUCGACUUGAUUCAGAAAAGAUCUAAGAACCAUAUCCAGUGGAUAGGUAACAGUCUUGACCAACUUAUUGGAAGAGCACCAGAGCCGCAGAACCUUAAAGAGGAACUUGCUGACUUAUCAAUCAUGGAAGAAGCUCUGGAUGAAUUAAUCAAGAAUUGUGCUCAUCAGAUAUUUGAACUAAUAGAUGACAAAGAAAAUGCAAAACUAGCUUAUGUGACGUACCAGGAUAUCCGAAGCAUUCAGGCUUUUCAGGAACAGAUUGUGAUUGCAAUCAAAGCUCCAGAGGAAACCAAAUUGGAAAUACCAGUUCCUAAAGAUGAUCACAUAGAAGUACAUGUGAAGAGCACGAAAGGACCCAUUGACGUGUAUCUAUGUGAGGUGGAAAAAGAGAAUCCAGGUGCCGAAACUUGUGAAGAUAUGGAUACUGUCCAUAUCUAGUGAAACUGAGACAUCAUUUUAUCCUGAUGAAGUGGCCAGUGAAAUGGGUUCAGCCUUCAAGUAUCAAGGCUUGUGUGAAACAAACACUCUAAACACCCCGAACUGGUGCGGAGUUUCCAGGGAAACUUUAGUGAAACGGAAAAAGGGAGACAUUAUGUGCCAGUUCCUCACCCCGCAGAGGACCCAGCUGCACAGAGGAGCACAUCUGGCCCUGCUGAGCCCGGGGAUGCCAGAGCUGCUCCCGCCGUCCCGGACACCGCGGGGCCACUAGAGGGAUGUCUACAACCAUCCUUCCACGGCUUCUGAAGCAAACCACCACUUCGCAUUCCUGGCCAGCUGCAAUCGCACACGGCAACCAGCAGUCCUAAGAAAUGCUGCAAGGGAUGCAUCAGAGGGCUGCUCGCCGCGGCCCAGAGAGAGUAUUUGGACACUACCCGUUGGAAAGAUGAGAUGCGAUGCUUGGAGUUCUACAGGGUCCAAGAGAGCAGACCAGAAAUCAUAGAGUCAUGGAUUCACAGAAUGGUUUAGGUUACAAAGGACCUUGAUGAUAAUCUAAUUCCAACCCCUCUUGUUCUGGUUGAAUAGUUUUAACACUAUUAAAAACUGCAUCUAGUUAUAUCCUUUUAUUUGAUUUGUUUCCAAUAGUUUAGCUUGUAUCUAGUGGAAUGGCAUAAUCUAUUUAAACUAUCAUCAAGUUAGCAUGAGAGUCACUGCAAAAAGUGUUUUAUUUUUCUAUUAGUUUAAAUUAGUUGACUAGAAAAGCAUGAAAAUGUAAUAGAGAAAAGUUCUCUCUCCUACAGUGAUCAGGUGUUGGAACUGAUAGGAUGAAAGCGACUGCAAAAAAAAGGAAAAUAUGAGUAAACCGAAGAAAUAAGCAUUAGUUGUGUUAUAAAACAGCUUGUGCACUCCAGAACAGCAUAAAUAAGGAGCCCAAAUUUACUACCCCGGCUGGAUAGAUGGGUCAAACUGUUACAUUUAAUUACAUAAACUAAUUUUUAAAAAGUUUCAAUUUAUGUGGAAAAGAAGCAUCAUGGAUUUUAAAAGAGGUAAUAGUUAGAGUUGGGUGAUUUAUUUAUUUAUUUACUAGUUAAUUCCCUGGAAAAUGUGGUUUCAGUCAUGUCUAAACUAUUUGCUUCAAAUUUGCUGAAUAGUUUUGGCUGGAAAAAAAAAAACAAAGAAGGGGAUAAACUGUGUUGGAGGAAAGUCCCCAGUUACCCAACAGCUCAAUGAUCAGAGCAUUUACUUAGGUAGCAGAGACCCCUUAACAGAGGCUCUGUUGAGGUGGACCACGCUCCAUCCUUCCUGUGACCACUCUGAUUUUGUCCCAGUUGCAAAGGAUGGGGACACACCUCCCAAAGGAGCAGGCUGGUUCCCAGAGUAGGAAGUUGUGAUUCUCAUGCUCCACCUCGCUGACCCAACAAACUUGGUGCCUUUGUGCAGGUCACCAACUUCAUUGAGAGGAAGAAUUUCCCCUUUGUCCUGCUUCAUGGAUACCAAGUCCUUGGACAGCUUUCUAAGAAGUAGAAUUCUGCUUCAAGUUCCCUUGGACAAAAGUAGGAUUUCCUCAUCCUAAGUAUAUUCAUGCUAUGAUAUUCUUUCAAGCAUCCAAAACAAAUAUUCUACAUUGGAUUAAAACAUAACAUUUAAUGGUUCACACACAGAAAUAACCUUCAGGUUAUUUUCUUUCAGCAAAGAAAAGCAGCCAGUUUAGUUAUGUCCACACUGUGCUGAUUUUUAUGACAUUCACUGCAGUUCUUGAGCACAGAUGUAACUUCCACCAAGUCUUUAACUGAUCAUGAAGUAGUUUGAUAACCUUCAUCCAGACUACCCUAUGCUUCUUACAAACCCUUCUUUCUGCAGCCACAUAAGAGCUGAAAAUGUCAUUGAGCGCUCCUAACUCAACACUCCUGACUCUAGUCCCUGUGGUGCCAAACACCAUAUCUUAUGGCCCUAUCAAAGUGCACUGAUACACUGCAGGUAGGUAUUUUCUGGCUGCCUUUACUUGGAUGAAGGUUGUACUAACUCCCAUUGUGAAUAGCUGGAAGCAGUCUUAUUUCCCAUCUGCAUUCAUCUGUGACCAGUUUACUCACAUAUGCUCUUCUGCCAGCACUCCUCUGUAGCGUACAGCUCUUAAACUCCUUGGUUGCUGUCUUUGGUGUAUCUUUAGACGCCACCAUAUUCUCAUUCACUUCUCUGCUGGAUCUAGAAAACUGAGUUAUUCAAGCUACCUCCAUAAAACAGGCUGCUUUGUUCCUUUAUCACUGCCAAAUUCCCAUUUUCAGUUCCUCUUCUCCAAUCAGAGGAAUGGACCUAUUUAUGUCCCAGUGUUCUAACUGGAUCUUGCCCUAUCCUAUCUCACUUGAGUAUCUUUGUUAAAUUUUACAAUACCAUUUAUACUUUUUAAUUCCAUGUUUUCAUUAGGUAAUGUAAGCCUGAAGUAAUUCUCCUCAGCUAUUUCCAAGUGGUACGUUCCCACAUUACAUCAGAAUUUCUUACUAGUCCCCAAGGGCACUCCCUCUAUAGACUCUACCAUUUUAAAAUGUCCUGUUUCUAUCAUUCUCAUCAUUGAGCUGAUCCUGAUAUUCUGAGCAAUAUCCCAACCCUCAACUGUCUACUGAUGUCUGAUGCAAACAGCAUCAACAGCAUAGUCCUGGAUUUCAUGCUGGUAAACCAAAAGGUUCCAAUGUCAAAAAGUUUAAACAAGAGGGACCAGGACUGCUCCUUGUAGUUCCUACCAAAACAAAUCCUCAAGGAUUCAACUAAUACUUACCUCUCUAUUUCACCUCAUGAGACAUUGCUAUCCUACAUGAAGUGAGUUCUUUUUACUUUGGGAAUAGCAUGAUAUUUUUCAGAAUGUUUUAUUCUCUUAUAAAAAACGUCUCCUAAUAAUUCCCACUAAUAAUUUCUCACAUCAAAAUCUUCCAAGUUUUCUUCCAAUUUGGUUGUAAUUACCUCCUGUAAUACCUUAAUUUUUAUUAUCCAUAAACAUGGAAAAUUAAAGUAUUACAACAUA